CGCAGUCUUUGAUACAUGGCGUCAGUGCGCCUGCCUCGCAUGUGCUGCCCGUCUGCAGACCCUGGGACAGAGCUGGUGCUGGGAUUCAGCCCCCGGGUUUACCAUGUACUGUGUGCCUGCAGCGGGGUGCUCAGUAUUGGGGGCAUGGGGCUCUGCUACUGCUUUAGCCAUGGCCAGAAAAAGAGCCGAGCUGUGAGGAUAGGUGGCAAAGUGCGCCUGCCUAGCUUCCUGGGAACUGCAGGUAUCCUUUUGCUGUCUGUACUGUGGCUCUCCGCGCCAGAUUUCAUCUCUGACCAGACGGCUUGGCAGGCUCGCACUCUCUGCAUAUUGAUUUCAACCUGGAUUCACUUCUUCUGUAGUGUACUGUUCUGGGCCUUCUUCUUUUACUCUCUGGAAGUUGUUCAACUACUCAGUCCGACCCCCUCACGCAGGUUGUCGGGACUGUAUACGUUAUUGUGCUGGGGAGUCUCCAGCCUUCUGUGUCUCCAAGGACUUCUGAUGAUUACGAUUCCUUUUAAUGAUGAGGACAGGUGUAAUUCUGCGAAUGGUCUUAUUCUCUUCCAUGAUAUCCUAGUGUAUAUUCCUCUCUUGCUUGCCCUAUGUGGAAGCCCACUGCUCCUGAAAAAAGCCAUGUCUAAAGUGCCCACUGUGCUCCGGAUGCAGUGUGGAGUUUAUACCUGUAACGAACGGUUUAGAAAACGCAGCUUGUGUAAGAGGCUCCUGCAAAUAAAUGGCACCUUCGUAGCCUGCUGGAUUACCAACGUGUUUUGUGAUUUCUUAAUGUUUCUUCUGGAGAUGUGGGGAAACUCAGAACCUCCGCACAAGUUACAAGUGGCAGCUCGAACCGCCUGGAUCAUUACGGGUAUCUUGAACCCAAUGUUUUGCGGCCUCCAUUCUCUUGCAUAUUUCGGUUGGAGGAGUAGCAGUGGUGUCUGUGUGAGCCAGAGCAGUGUAUUGGCAGAAGUUCAAUCAGCUGACGAAGGUCCAAGUAAACUGGAGGAGAACAAUCCCUUGUUAAUGAAGAUACCACAAAAGGCCGCAGGGCGACUCUCAUUUCCAAACAUCCUGAGAAUGAUGGACUCCUGGUCAUCUGUGGAUUUCACUUGCUCUGCCUUGGAAAUCAAUGCUGUGCGACUCCUAGGGACUCGAUCUUCCCCCAAAGCCUGCUCCAAGCACCUGCCAAGGCAUUCCCGUGUUUGAUCCUAGAAAAUUAUGUACCAAUACUCAUAAUAAAAUGAUCUAAUUA